AUGUCUCUGUUAUCAAUCAAACACAUAUUUGGUAUUCGAACAUGUCUAACUGAUUGUAUUGUUUAUUUGAAUGACCAUUCUUAUUUAUAUCCAUCUAGCCGAAAUAUUAUUUUAUAUAAUAUCGAUCAUAAAUGUCAACGGUUCAUUAGUUUUGAACAUGAAUAUGAUACAUUAGAAUCAUUAGGUGUUAGUUCAAAUAAACAAUAUUUAGCUAUUGCAUUAAAUAAAUUAGAUAAAACUCGCAUUAUUAUUUAUGAUAUUAAUGAACCACUAAAUAGAGAAAUACAAAAACAAAAAAUUCUUAAAUUAAGCCAAAGAAUACGUUCUAAUCAUGUUUUAUCAAUUAUUUUUUCGGCUAAUUCAAAAUUAAUUCUUGCACUUUGUGGUGCACCAGAUUACAUGUUGAUUUGUUGGUCAAUCGAUCGAUUUAAGUAUAUUGCUAUGGUAUCCCUUCAUUUUCUUCAUAUUGAUCUUUCACAUAAUCCACUUAAUUUAAAAAUUUCAUUCAACCCAAAGAAUUGUUUGGAAUUUUUGUUAACAGGCAAUCAUAUUUAUCGACGAUAUCAUAUAAAUACAGAUCAAUUUUCUCCGUAUGGUUCGGGACAAUAUCAACGAUGUGAAUUAAUGAAUAUAACUUGUCAUUGUUGGCUUAAUGAAAAUCAUAUUUUAUUAGGACUUGAUACAGGUUAUAUAUGUGUAGUAAACAAUCAUGAGGAUAUUUUACAACAAUAUCAUGUAACAAGAGGAAAUGAAACAAAUAAUUUAAACAUGCGUUCAUCAAAUGCUUUUUCUUUUGAUCGGUUUGAUAUUCCUAAUCGAUCAAAUCUAAAUAUUAACGAUGAAAACAAUCUUUUAAAAAUAAAGUCAUCCUCUCAAUUAUCAUCAAGAUUUCUAAACGAUAGAAGAUCAUCAUCAGAAAUUACUCUCCGAGAAUGCCAAAUAGAUCAACGAAGUUUUUCAAGAUAUUCGAGUACAAGUUUACAUAAGAAUAUUUCUAAAACAGAAUCUAUUAAUUCAAAUCAUAUUAUUUGUUUGUUACCUUUUUCACGUGGCGUUUUUGUAUCAAUUGGAGAAGGAUGUAUUCUAAUGUAUGAAAGAAAUGAAAAUGGUAUUGAAUUAACUUAUUUACGUCGAUUAGUUUUACCUUCAUAUAGUAUAAAUGAUUUUUCAAUAAAGAAAACACAAUUUCAUUUAAAUAAUAGAAAAAAAUUACAAAAAAAAAAUUCAUUAAAAUUAUUUAAACAAGAAUCAAUUAGAAAUAGUUUAGUAUUUGAUUCAUCAUUGAUAAAUCAAAGAUUAAUUUCAAAUGAAAUUAUUUUAUCAUUAUCAUUGAGUCCAAAUGAAGAAACUUUAUUAGUAGCAACAAAUUUCAAUAAUUUAUAUGAAAUAGCUUUUUCAAAAAUGGAUUAUACAAAUAAACAAGCGAGUAUAUUCACAUAUGCUCUUGAUAGUCUUCAUCAAGGAACUAUUAUAACAGGAUCGAUAUGCCUUCGUAAACCAAUAAUAUUUACUCUUGGUACUGAUCGAUUUAUUAAAAUAUGGAAUUUACAAACAAAUAAUCAAGAAUUUCAGUAUCAAUUCGAUAUUAAACCAUUAUCAUUAAGUAUUCAUCCUAGUGGUAUUUUUGUUUGUGUAUCAUUUUCAACUUUGAUGCGAAUAUAUACUUAUACUAUUGAUGGAUUCUAUUUAUUCAAAGAAUUAGAAAUUUCCGAUGCUCAAUGUAUUGAAUAUAGUCAUCAAGGACAUAUAUUAGCUAUUGCUUACGAUAAUCUUCUUCAAUUUCAUUAUCAUAAUGAUUAUCAUCAAGCAACAUAUAUUCGAGAUAAUCAUGCUAAAAUUCGAUUGAUCCGUUGGUCUAAUGAUGAUUCGUUUUUAAUAAGUGUUGACUUUAAUGAUCUAAUGACUCGAUGGGAUCCGUAUAGAAGUCAAAGUUUAUUUCAGUAUAAAAUUUUAGACUUCAGUGUACAAGAUUUAGUCAUAUCAUCGAAUAAUAAAUUAGCUUAUCUAUUAACAAGUGAUAAAAAAAUAAAAGAGUUUCAUUUGAUGACAACUAUUCGUAAUAUUAAUAUUUCCAUUGAUGAUUUUAUUCCAACAGCAUUAGCUAUUGAUGAUGAAGCAAGAAUUUUAUUUGUUGGAUCAGAGAAAGGAUCAAUUUAUUCAAUAAAUUUAAUGCAAACAAAUGCACCAGAUGAAAAUAAUACAAUGGACCAUUUAUUAUAUGAAAAUGUUCAUCGAGGAGCAAUUACAAAAAUCUUAAUAUCACACAAUAACGAUUUGAUUAUUUCCACAGGUGAAGACGGAAAUUUAAUAUUAUACAAUUUAAAUCAUUCUCAAGAGAAUGACGAGUCAAAAAUAAUUUUUCGCGAUGAAGUACUUGUUAAAGAAAUCCUUCUUAAAGAAAAAAAUAUUGAAUUAAAUAAUUUGAUAAAGCAUCAAUCUGAAAUAACAUAUGAAUAUAAAAAUAAAGUUGUAAUAAAAGAAAAAGAAUAUAUUGAAAAUAUUCAUCAAUUUGAUCUUAAUUGUAAAAAACAUAUAAGUAAAAUGGAAAUUAAAUUAAGCGUAUUACAUCAACAUAAAAUAGAUUUAAAAAAUGAGUACGAACAAAAACUAAAGAAAUUAAUUCAAGAUAAAAAAUAUCUACUCAAUCAAUUCAAUCAAGAUAAAAAUAACUAUUACAAAAAUAUUCUUAUUCAUAAUAAUUCACUUAAAUAUAAUAUUAAGAAGUUAAAUAUAAACCAACACAAACAAGUUGAAUUAAUUUAUCAUUCAUAUAGACGUCGUAUUGAUUCUAUUCAUCUAUCAUAUAGAGAUAAAAUGAAUAAUAUUAAACNUUAUUGA